UUAAGAGAGGGCAUAUUCGCAAAACUACAAGGUCUGGAGUUAUAUCGGUGAACUGCUCUGUCUGGAUAAAGACACAAGCGCGACUGCGCUACCAACUUUACUUCUUCCAAGUUUUGGUGAAGGAAGAACUGAAACCAAGAAAAGUGGAGCUGGAGUAGAGGAGGAAGCUUCUUCACUGGGCUGAGCAUGGAGAGAGAAAGAGUCUGCACCAUGAAGGUCUUUCUCACUCCGCUGAUGCCCUUUCUACUCCUCCUCAUUUUUCCUGAUGGCAUCUUGUCCAGCGCCUGCCCAAACGAUUGCACCUGUUCCACACCAGAAUCCAUCUUAUGUUUCCUGAGACGUUCCUCCACCAUUCCCAAAGGAGUGCCCUCAUACACGAAAAGUCUCUACCUUUUUGCUAAUGGCAUUGAGGGAUUGACAGCGGAGGACUUUGAUGGUAUGGAGAACCUGGAAAUGCUGGACCUCAGUCAAAACAAAUUGACUGAACUUCCUGAUAGGGUGUUUGAACCUCUGACCUCUUUGAGAAACCUGGAUUUGUCAUCCAACCAGAUCACUCACAUUUCAGAGGAAUGUUUCCAGGGUAUGGCACUGCUUGAGCGCCUUUAUUUGUAUAGCAAUCUUAUCAAGACCAUCCAUCCUGCAGCCUUUAAUGGCUUGGGGCACCUGCUGGAACUCAAAAUACAGGGCAACCAGUUGACAUCCCUGCCUGCUCUCUCAAUGCCCCGUCUGCUGCUGCUUGACCUUCGCUUCAAUGUCUUACCCACCUUGGGUCCUUCAGACCUCCAGACCCCAAACCUAGAGUCACUUAAAUUGGGUGGUGUGGGACUCACCAGUCUGAAUAAGGAGCUCAUAGGUAGUCUUAAGAACCUACAUGAACUUGACAUCUCAGGAAACCAACUUGAGUCCUUCCCCUCAGUGCUAAAGGAAACCAAGGGACUGAUUCACCUCAGCCUGGCGGGGAAUCCAAUGGGUCCUCUGAAGGUUCAGGACCUGCAGAAUCUUGGCGAGCUGCAAGACUUGGACAUUAGCAGCCUUAGUCUGCAGGGCCUCCCCGAAGAGUUCUCCCAGCUCUUCCCCCACCUCAGAAAGCUCACAGUAGCAGAGAAUCCCUUCAACUGCCUCUGCACCUUAGCGUGGUUCCCAAGAUGGCUGAGAGCCCAGAGCAUCAUCCUGGAGAGAACAGAGGAGACACGCUGCCAUUUCCCACCUAUUAAUGCUGGAAAGGUAUUGGAAAGACUGGAGCACAGGGAUUUUGGCUGUCCUACCACAACAACAAUCACCACUAGUACUGUCAAAACUACUACUACCCUGCCUGUUCCUGUCACUACCUUGCCAAGUACUACUGAAGCUAUUCCAGCGCCCAGGGCCAGUGAUAACCCCACAGACAAAGAUGAUGACUCUCCCCUGCUCCCUGUUCCUGCAUCCCCCAGCAGCAGCAGCAGCAUUGACCUAGGAGAGGAUCAGCAUUUCUGUCCCUCUCACACCUGUCUGAAUGGGGGUACUUGUCGUUUGGACCAGCAUGGUCAGGUAGAAUGUACCUGUCCUCAUGGCACUUCUGGCACGUAUUGUGAAGUCCAAAACCAUCACCCGCCUUCACCACCUGAAGCUGCAAUCCCCAUGGCAACUGUGACUGCAGAUGCAACUGACAUAAGCUCACAUGAAGUAACGGCAACCUCAAUCUUGGUGGACCUUCACCGUUAUACUGAAAUGCGGCCUUACAUCCGUGGAAUUCGCCUAACCUACCGCAAUCUCUCUGGGCCAGACCGCAGGCCAAUUCAACUCAGCCUGCCUGCAUCCUUCCCAGAGUAUAGACUCAGAGGACUGAAGCCGAACUCCACUUACACUGUGUGUGUCAGUCCACUAGGUGCCCCUAGUGACAUAGAUAGUGUCUGCACUGAGGCCCAUACAGCCCCUGAAAGCAUCAGUGGUCCUGAUGCACGGGUUACCGACCCAAGGCUGACCACUAUGCUGGCGCCUGCAGUUGCCAUCUUGCUAGUUCUGGUACUGAUAGCAAUUGCAGUGGGAGUGGUAUGCUAUCUUCGCCGGAAGAGGGCCAAGGGCCACUUGGACUUAGAUUGUGAGCCCUCCCAGCUAGAGUUGGAUGGAGUUAAGGCUGGCUUGGACAAUGGGGCACUGCCUCAAAAACAGCCUCAAAUUAUGAUCCCUGAACCUGCUGUUCAGAAUGGCAAUCUGGAGUAUGAGGUGUUGCUACUACAGGAUCACUGCACAUCAAAUAACAAUAUGUCUUCACACAAGCCCUCCUACUUUUGACACAUGGCUUUGACUUCUCAGACCUAAAGGAGGAUUUUCAUUCUUCAGCUCUGUUUUUCUCACUGGUGAAAUAUAGAGAGCAGCAACUGCUGUUGUGAAAGUGGAGGACACAGUAUCAGCAAGCCAACCAGCAAAGGAGAAACUGACUUAUAUUUAACUCAGUCCCCUGUCUAAGUAGACAUUAAACACAUUGAUUUCAUUUGUUUGGACAUCAAAAGGCAUUUAAAGUGCCUCUACUCCAUUUACAUGCUGUAUCCUGCUUCAAUAUUUCUUCACUCACACUGCUGGACUGGUAACCUCUCAGCUUCCAAGCUAUGACGCUGGGACAAAUGAUGCGUUGUCAUUGGCUGAAACCUUGGGUUAAGGGACAUAGUGACCCCAUGCCCUCAUUUAUUUGUUCAUAAAGGAGUGUGCACUGAAAUGGGGUUGUGCUGCCUUUUCCCUGUUACAACAGCCCAGCUUAACACUAUGAGCAAUUGUUUUUGCUGCAUGUUGUAACUCUUCAGUACUACCCCAAAGAGAAUGAAUGACCUUUAAGAUACCAAAUGAAGUCGUGCAGAGAAAAUAGCUGAUGCUUGCAUUGCUUUAUUUGGCUUUAAAAAAUUUUGUGAUGCUUGUUUUGUUUUGUAUGUAUGUUUUUUUUAUACUUGUGUCUUUAUGAUAUUUUUAUUGUGCAACUUUGUGACUGUUAACAGCCCUCAAUACCCCCCAACCACCUCUUGUGACUAACAGACAAAACAGCAGAUUAAAAUCUUUGAAGAUUAAAACUCGUUUGGUACCAGCAAAGUCAAUCAAAGGGCUUUGCCCCCAGAAUGUCAGACAGUCUAAGUAGAUGUUAGUCUGGACAGACUCAAGACUAAAUCCCCCUUCUCCAUUCUGAAGCCCUCAGUCUGCUUUACCAUCACAAAGGGAGAAGGUAAGCAGGAUUACAAAAGGUACAGGGAGAAGCAGUUGACUGAACUCCUUUUGUUUCAGUGCUGCACUAGGUUUCAUUUAGUUUAGAGUUCGCCUCAGUUACAGUAAACACUCAUGUGACUUCACCACAGCAAACGAGAACUUAAGAGACUUUAUUUAUUCUUUAUAUUCCCUACAAGGGAAACUCUGUUUUAUCCCUCAACCACAAUUCACGUACAACAUACUACUUAGCCUGGCCUACAACAAGCAAAGCAAAUAGUGGUUGUGUAUUGUGUUUCUCUUGAGUAAAAAUAGCCUUCUCGGCAUAAUGCUGUGCACAACUUCUCCUUGGCAAGAAGGGUCCCACUUUUGCUCACUUGCACCUAACCAGACUGUGGACAGGCCAGACGCACAAUGAAUUGUUGUGUAGAGGACAAUGUGACUUGCAAAGUGGAAGAUUCACUGGAAGGUUAUUAUGCAGGCAUAGUGCUGAGAUUCAAAUCUGUGAAUACUCAAAGUAACUUUUGUGUGUGUGUGUGUGUGUGUGUGUGUGUGUGUGGAUCUGUCAACCUCUGUGAUAAUGCAAGUACGUGUUCCGGCUUGUGCAGGGACGUGCAGACAUCAAGUUACUAUCAGUCACCCCCUCUAUGUGCCCACAUGCCUAGGAGUACAUUACGCCCCAAACAACUCUACCUGUGGACAAACACACCAAAGACACAUUUGUGAAUAUCUGUAAAGUUACCUACACCAUUCCCACAAUUAACAGUUCCAUGCUAACAAGAUGCCCUAACAACCCAAACAAAAAACAAUCAAGCAACACAACUGGAAUAUUUGUCUGUAAAGUAGAAUACAUUGAAGAUAACCAAAAGUAUUUUCGAUGUGAUUGUUAAUUUUUCCCUGUUUAUUUUGGGAAGCUCCUUGUUGUCAUUACUUGUUUUUUUUAAUUCUGUGAACUUAUUUGUACA